AUGGGCAGCAAACAUUCUCCACCGGCUCACGACCAUUCACCGGUCAAGAAACGUCUGCGAAUGGAUGAUGAAGUUCAUCGACAAUCAUCAGUGACGAUUGUUGAGGAUGGCUCGGGAUCCGAGUAUGAGGAGGACCCGGAGGAGGACGCAUACAUCCAAAGGACUGCCCAUGAGCAAGCUAAUCAAGCACCGACGACCGGCUCAGUCAGAGAAGCUGGAUCGAUCUCCAAGGUCAUCCUCGUCCAAUUCAUGUGUCAUCGAUACCAGGUCGUUGAGCUCGGCCCACAGAUCAACUUUGUUAUCGGUCACAAUGGAAGUGGCAAGAGUGCUGUCUUGACCGCGAUCACGCUUGUUCUUGGGGCUAAAGCUACUUCAACCAACCGCGGUAGCUCCUUAAAAUCCUUCAUUCGCGAAGGUCAAAACAAGGCUGAAGUAACUCUACAUCUCACCAAUCGUGGCGAAGAGGCUUUUCAACCAGAUGUCUACGGAGACGAGAUCAUAAUCGAGCGAAGUAUCUCAAAGGAUGGUGCGUCGGGCUUCAAAAUCAAAAGUGGCCGCGAUCAUCGAACCGUCAGCAACAAAAGAGACGCUUUGCAGACUAUCUUGGAUCAUUUUAUGAUUCAGGCAGACAACCCACUGAAUGUGCUCAACCAGGACGCGGCCAAAAAGUUUCUAAACGCAAGUAGUAGUAAACAGAAGUAUGAGUUUUUUAUCAGAGGAACUCAACUUCAACAGCUGACGGAUGAGUACGAAGAGAUCAAUUCCAACCUUGUCAUGUCGAAAACCCUCCUCGACAAGAAACGAGUGGAUCUGCCUGAGCUUUUUGAGCGCGCCAAAUCGGCCCAGAAAAUUUUGAAGGAAGUGCAAGAGGCGACUCAGGCGCAAGACAAGAUCGCUGAAGCACAAAGGGAACUCACUUGGAUUUAUGUUGCCGAAGCCGAAGCCCAACGUGAUUCGACUGCCCAGAUAUUAGAGAAGGAGGAGCGCAUGUUGCCCAAGUACGAGGCCAAGGUCCAAGAGACGGAAACCAAGCUGGUCGAGUUGGAAGACGAGAUUAAGGCUAUUGAAACUCAAAAGGCGGCCCUGAAUGAUGAACAAUUGGAGGCUGAGCGCGUGGGACUUAUGCAAAGGCAUCGCAAAUUAGCUGAGAAAAUCAGGACUAUGAAUGGUGAGAUUCGAGAGGCUUAUGCGGCACUUGAAAAAACGGAUAGUGACAUAUCCCAGCAAACCAAGCUCAUUGACGAUGAAAACGCUAAGUCUCUGAAAAAUACCGACUCAUCAAGACAGCAAGCCAUCGAACGAAUAGGGCAGCUGACCUCCGAAAUGACGCAAAUGGAAAACGACCUUCUCCGAAUGCAGUAUGUCAUCUCGCAAGCAAACGAAACGUUACAAUCUUCUACCAACCAGGCGAAGGAAUACGAGAAUCAGCUGCGGCCUUUAAUCGACACGAUGGAGAAACAUCAGCGUACCAUCCAAACGUAUGGGUCCACCCGAGCGGACCGAGUCCUCCUCUUUGGUCCAAACGGGGACAAGCUUAAGCAUGCAAUCGAAACGACCAGCGGUUGGACGGAGAAACCCAUUGGCCCAUUGGGUUAUUACAUUCAAGUGAAGGAUAAAAGCUGGCAAAAUGUCUUAGAAACUGUUCUCGGCGGUUCUCUCUCAUCUUACAUGGUGGUGAAUGAGAGAGAUGAAAGGCUCUUGCGUGGCUUGAUGGCGAGAUGUCGUUGUAACUUUUCGAUUAUUCGAUCGCGUCGGGACUUGUUCGAAUAUGCGGAGGGCGAACCCGCACCGGAAUAUCUCACAGUUCUCCGAGCCCUAAAGUUUGAAAACGAGUUUGUCAAGCGGGCGUUAAUCAACGAUCUGCGGAUUGAAAAGUCUAUUUUAGUUGAACAUCGACGAGAAGGAGAUCCCAUCAUGUCCAAGGAGCCGCGUUAUCGUCGUAACAUCGACUCCUGUUUCACUCGUGAUGGCUACAAGGUGGGCGGGGUUCAGGGAGGAAGGGGUGUCAAAGCGUUACACCUGUACGGAGGUCCACCUCGGCUAUCAAAUGAUGAUGGCUCAUUUAUUGCCGAACUCAAUGAGAAGAUUACUCAACUCGGUUCGCAAAUAGAAGAGAUGAAACAGCGUGCUACUUCUACUCGUGGAGAAGCUCGUCGAGCGAGUGAACAACUCCAAAAGCUGAAGAACGAAGAGCGAAAAAUCAAGGAAACAUAUCGCAAGGCCCAGGAUAAGAAGGCCUCUAUACAAGAUGAUUUGGAUCAGAGCGCUUCAUCCAACGUCUCGGCUUUUGAAGAUAUGAAAAGAGAACUUGAGUCUGAAAGAAUGAAGAUAUACGAUCAAACUCAAGAGCUCGAACGUCAAAAAGAUGAAUUGCACGCCGAAAUGGGACCUGUUAGAGUCGAGCAAGAGGCCUUGCAGCAUAAAAUAAACAACCGACAGCAAGAAGAAAAGGCUCUUAAUAUCGAACUAACUACAAAAAUGACGGAGAGGGUUGCUGCGGUGGAAGCCGUGAGGCAUUUCCGUGACUCUCUGGCUAGACAAGCUGUCAAGAUAUCAACGGCAAAGCAGCAAUGCCAAGAGGCGGAAGCCAGGCUCAUUCAAACUAUUACCCAAGCCAAAGAGAUCACUGGUUGUGAUGAAAUUGUACAAGCCACUCGCGCGCGUGAAGAAGUUAUUGCUGAUUUGAACGCCUUCAAGAAGAUUGUUAAUGAAACCAUGGGUCGACAUCGUAAGUCAGUUGAAGAAAUCGAAAUUGAAUAUCUCGAAGCGAAGUCAAACUACGCGAAAGCAGAUAAGGAAAUCAAGGAACAAAGCAAAUCCCUUAAGGUUUUGAAAAUGGCACUGUCGUUACGAAAGGAGCGUUGGAUUCAGUUUCGUACACACAUCGCGGUUCGGGCCAAAAUGAAGUUUGUCACUCACCUCAGCAAGCGUGGCUAUACCGGCAAGUUGAAUUUCAACCACAACACUCAAAGACUAGAUAUCCAGGUCAACACGAGUGAGCAAGAAUCUACCCAGGGUAAACUGAAAGAUCCCAAAGCAUUAUCUGGGGGCGAGAAAUCGUUCUCGACGAUUUCGCUACUCUUGACAUUGUGGGACGCCAUUAACUGCCCGAUACGAUGUCUUGACGAGUUUGAUGUGUUCAUGGAUGAGGUCAAUCGACGAAUUGCCAUUCGAAUGAUGAUUGAUUCUGCAAAGGAAGCUAACGACGUUCAAUAUGUCUUCAUCACACCCAAUGGCUUGAGUUCUGCGCAGUAA